AUGGAUUGGCAACCACAGGAUGAGCCAUUGAGGCAGCUAGCCUGCUGCCUCAGGGACUCGCUGAACAGCAUGGAUCCUCAGCUACGGAAGCAGGCUGAAAAUAUGCUCGCGCAAGCGACUUCCUCCCCCGACUAUGUCAAUUACAUCACCUACCUGUUUUCCACGCCCCAGGUUCCUUCAGCAGUGGCCGCCGCCGGCAUUGACCCUACCACUUAUGGCGUCGUCCGAUUCGCUGCGACGAUGAACAUGAAGACCAAGCUCGCUGUGGCUUACAAGACCAUUCCCCCUCAGAGUCUCACCUUCAUCCGAUCUGCCGCCCUGGUUGCCCUCCGCGACAGUGACCGUCAAGUCCAACGCGGCGUUGGUAGUGUCAUCACCGAGUUGGUGCAAAAGGGUGGUCUCCUUGCCUGGCCCGAGGUUCUGCAGGAGCUGCUGGCGCUCGUCGGUAAUGAUGCAGGUGAUGUGACCGUUGCUACUCAGGAGGCCGCGAUGGCGGCCCUGUUCAAGGUUUGCGAGGAUAACCGUAAGAUCCUCGACCGGGACUACUCUGGUCAACGCCCUCUCGAUGUCAUCAUCCCCAAGCUGCUCGAGUUCACUACGCGCGACAGUCCUCGUAUCCGCUCUCUCGCCUUGAACAGCAUUCACGUGUUCUUGCCGCAUCAACCGCACGCUUUGGUGGCUUCCUUGGACGUCUUCCUGUCGCAACUCUUCAAUCUUGCGGGAGACCAAGACACAGAAGUGCGCAAGAUGGUCUGCCAGUCCUUCUCGCAGCUGGUGGAAUUCGCGCCGGAGAAGCUCAUUCCGCAUAUGGAGGGCCUGGUGAGCUACAUUCUCAUGCAGCAACAGAACCAGGAGGAUCCAGAGCUUGCGCUUGAUGCGGCCGAAUUCUGGAUCGUUGCCGGUGAGCAACAGAGUCUCCGGCAACCUCUGGCCCCUUUCAUGCACAAGGUCAUUCCGGUACUCCUGCAGAACAUGGUCUAUGAGGAGGACGACGUCAUCCGCCUCAUGGGCGAUGAGGAUGACGCCGACGAGGAAGACCGUGCCGAAGAUCUCAAGCCGCAGUUUGCCAAGUCCAAGGGCGCUCGCCUGGACACUUCCAAGGCCGGAGAACAUGGCGCCAACGGCCAGCAGCAACAGAAUCAACAGGAGGACGAGGAUGACUUGAGCGAGGGCGAAAUUGAGGAUUCUGAGUUUGGCGACGAUCCCGAGGGCGAGUGGACCUUGCGCAAGUGCUCGGCCGCAGCGCUCGAUGUCUUUUCAAACGUGUACCAUGACCAGAUCUUCACCAUCAUCCUGCCUUACCUCAAGGAGACCCUUCGACAUGAGCAAUGGCCCAAUCGAGAGGCGGCUGUUCUCACUCUGGGUGCUGUUGCGGAUGGCUGCAUGGACGCCGUGACUCCUCAUCUCCCCGAACUUGUCCCCUACCUUAUCUCUCUGCUUAACGAUGCGCAACCGGUCGUGCGACAGAUCACUUGCUGGUGCCUGGGUCGUUACUCAGAAUGGGCAUCGCACCUGCAAGAUCCGGCUGAGAAGCAGCAGUACUUCGAGCCCAUGAUGGAAGGCAUCCUGACUCGCAUGCUCGAUAAUAAUAAGAAGGUGCAAGAAGCUGCCGCAUCGGCAUUUGCUAGCUUGGAGGAGAAGUCGGACGACAAUCUGAUCCCUUACUGCGAGCCUAUUCUCCGCCAGUUUGUCCAGUGCUUCGGCAAGUACAAGGACCGCAACAUGUACAUCCUUUACGACUGUAUUCAGACCCUGGCCGAAUGCGUCAUGACUGAGUUGGCCAAGCCACAGCUCGUGGAUAUCCUCAUGCCCGCAAUGAUUGAGCGAUACAACCGUGUCACUGAUCAGUCGCAAGAGUUGUUCCCACUUCUUGAGUGUCUCGGGUACAUUGCGGCCGCGUAUGGCGAUGCCUUUGCGCCGUUCGCUCCUCAUCUCUUCCAGCGAUGUACCAAAAUCAUCUACCAGAACCUGGAAGAGUUUGUCGCCUCGCAAAGUAACCAGGCCAUCGACGAGCCGGACAAGGACUUCCUCGUGACCAGUCUUGACCUGCUGAGCGCGAUCAUCCAAGCGAUUGAUCCUCAAAAGAGCGGCGAGCUUGUUGCCAACUCACAACCUCGCUUUUUCGAUCUGCUUGUCUUCUGUAUGCAGGACCCCAACUACGAGGUGCGCCAGUCCACCUAUGCUUUGCUCGGCGACUGUGCGAUCAGCAUCUUCCCCCACCUCGAGCCCUUCGUUCCCACGAUUAUGCCAGUGCUCAUCAAGCAGCUUGACCUUGAUCUGAUCCGGGAUGACGAUCGCACGACUGGUUUCAGCGUGCUUAACAAUGCCUGUUGGUCUUGUGGCGAGAUUGCAGUCAACGAGAAGGCUGCCCUUAGUCCCUAUGCCGACAAGCUCUACCAGGACCUUCUGACUAUCAUGAACAACGAGGAAAUCAUCGACUCUGUCAAUGAGAAUGCCGCCAUGGCCCUCGGGCGACUGGGCUUCUGCUGUUCUGACGCGCUCGCACCGCAUCUGCAGGAGUUCGCCAGCCCGUUCUUGAAGUCCAUGAGCAAGAUCGAUUUCACGCGCGAGAAGGCUUCUGCUUUCCUCGGGUUCAACAACAUGGUCAUGAAGAAUCCCCAGGCCAUGGAAGCCUGUCUGGGAGACUACUUCCAGGCGAUUGCAUCGUUCCCGGCCAAGUCACUCUCCCAGGAAGAGUACCGAGAUAUUCAAGGUUCAUUCCAACAGGUCCUGCAAGGCUACAAAAAUAUGAUACCCAACUUUGACUCGUUCCUUAUGCAGCUGCCCGGCCCUGUGGCUCAGAAGUUGCGCUCAGUCUAUCAGAUCUGA